AGGAAGCCCCCUCUGCAGAGCCCGGGCAUCCAGAAGCUUCUCACAAAACUCGUGUGAAUGUUGAGCCUCCGAUCUCCUCGUCUCACUACACAACUCAUUUCUGGAUGAACACAUUUGGUCACCUGGGACCUGGAAACGGCAGAUUUGAAGAAAUGGCUGAAGCGAUACCACUGCGAGAAAAGAAGCAGAGGACUCUCCCUCGCUCUGACGGGUGUGGCCUGAAUAACUUUGAAGCUCUGGAUCUGUCUGGAGGACUGAGGAUCGUCCUGGUGGGAAAGACCGGAUCAGGAAAGAGCGCGACAGGAAACACCAUCCUGGGCCGAGCGGCCUUCAGGGAGGACCCCAGCCCCGUUUCCAUCACCAAGCACUGCGAGACGGAGAGCGGCGAGGUGGAGGGGACGGCGGUGCAGGUGAUCGACACGCCGGGCCUGUUCGACACCGGCAUCACAGAGGACGAGCUGAAGACCAGGAUCGAGGAGUGCGUGAAGAUGUCGGUGCCCGGGCCCCACGCCUUCCUGCUGGUGAUCCGGCUCGGCGUGAGGUUCACCGAGGAGGAGCGGAACGCCGUCAAGUGGAUCCAGGACAACUUUGGGGACGACGCCUCGAUGUACACUAUCAUGCUGUUUACGUGUAAGGAUCAGGCGAAAGCCGACAACGCUCUGAAGGAGUGCAAGGAGCUGCGCAGACUCUCCAUCACGUUCGGCCGCCGGUACCACGCCUUCAACAACAACGACGCCGACGACCGCCUGCAGGUCGCGGAGCUGAUCACCAUGAUCAAAGAGAUGGUACAGGACAACGGAGGGAAGCACUACACCAACGAGAUGUACGAGAAGGCCCAGCGGAAGCUGAGGGAGGAGGAGGAGCGAAAGAAGCAGGAGGAGGAGGAGAAGAAAGAGGAGGAGAGGAAGAUGUGGGACGCGGAGAGGGAGAAGCAACUGAAGGAGGAGGAGAAGAAGAAGAAGGCCAGGCGGAAGAACAUCCGAGUGGCCCUGGCGGCGGCCGUGGCCCUGGUGCUGGCCGGCGUGGUGAUCGCGGUGGGGGCGGACACCACGGUGGCCCUGGCGCUCGGCGCCCCGGCGCUCGUCCUGGGAGUUCUGUGCGGCUUAGGCGGCAUUUUGAUAUGGAAGGGCGUGAAAUGCAAAGCCAAAGCGAACAUCCCCGUAUAACACAGAGGACACGUGCUUACUCAUCUGCAAUAAAUCUGCAUUUAACUCAGUGUCACAAACUGCCAUCGCAGUAUCACACACGCUGCUGCACUGCCCCCACUGGUGAACGUGUUCUGGCUCUUUACUGUAUGAAGUGCAGCAAAACUACAUGUGAAUUUAAUGCUGACAGUAAACAAACGGUAUGAACUGAACGCCUGGUUUUGUCCUUGUUUCAACCCAUUUAUGGUUUAAGGUUGAUAUAUGAGUAUAACUUAUACUUGAACUUUUACUUUCAUGGCAACAGCUUUGAAUCCAGAGAUUUGAGGGAAAACAUUAAUUCUGUAAAUAUGUGGCUUAUGAACUUAUGUGAUAACUUAUGUGAUAAUUCCUAAAAAAAAUAAAACAUCUCUGCAUGUGAAGCAUCAACCCCCACGUAAGCUGUGACGUUCUGUU